AUGAGUGAAAUGCCGCCAAAUGUUGACAUCCCUUAUAACUCAAAAACAACGUAUUGUUUUGAUUCCGAGUCGUUUCGAUAUCUCGUGGCUUCGGUUCCGCCAAAUAAUAUACAGUUUGAGCCGAGUUUUAAACCAUUGUAUGCUAAAAGUUGGGGCAGAUCUGUGAGUGAAUGCAAGCGUCUAUUCAAUUACAUAACCCAAUUGGAGGCACACAAAGUGAUGGACACACUAUCGGUGAAUAACGCCAAACAAAUCAUACAAUUAUUAACCAAACCUAUGGCUGACAUCACGAAGAAUAUCAUCGAUAAUCUCAAUGAAUGCGAAACACAUAGACUCGAGAUCGAAGAGUUCUCGGGAUCUCUCGAAGAGCUAAACAAUAAGCUAUACAUACCAUCGGUUGAGAUAAUAUCCGUACCGUUAGACCGGCCAAAGACUGUGUGCGGGGCCGACGAGUGCUGCGAACGCAUCGAUAAUAACGGCGUGACCACCGAGAUCAAUUACACCACCGAGUGCCAUUCACCAUGCUACUUGGAGUUUAACGAUGGCAAUGUAGUGGGCAAUAAGGGUCUACUCAAAUGCAAAGCGUUCACCAGACACAGUAGCGCAGAUCGUGACCCAGCUAAUUCUGACCAUGGUCAGUCGUGGCUGAGCAGAGCGUUGGCCGCGCCCACAGGUAUCGUAAGGGAUCGGUUAAACCAGUCGUACAGUUGUUUAAAAUGCGGUCACAGUUACGAGAAGCACCUGCACCUGUUUUAUGACACGCGCGUCACAAUGACCAAGGUGGCCGAUGAGGGUGUGGGCCGACGCAUACAGUCGGUGCUGAUGGCGGCGGAGAUACAGGAGCGACAGAUCCUA